AUGCUCCAGGCAUUGUAUUUACUUGAUCACAAGGGAAAGCCAUUGAUAUCAAGAUGCUAUAGAGGACCGUUCCCUCAGCAUAUAAUAGAAAAAUUCAUGGCGCUUUUGAAGACCACGGAAGAAAAGCUUCAAUGCGCACCGCCAAUUAUUUCAUCGGGCCCACCAGACGAGGGCAUUUACUAUCUAUAUGUCAGAAUGGGAAAUAUUUUUGGUAUUUGUGUCGUUGGGGUAACCACUUGUAAUGCCAAUGCAGCUUCUAUUUUUGUUUUCCUUCAUAAAUUUCUGGAGGUUCUAAAGGGAUAUUUUAAGGUUAUUGAGGAGGAAACUAUACGGGACAAUUUUGUACUCAUUUAUGAGCUUCUUGAUGAAAUGGUGGAUUGGGGGUAUCCGCAAUUUACAGAAACUCCCAUCCUUAAAGAAUAUAUUACACAGCGAGGAUUUAGAUUUAUUACACGCCAAGAGCAUCCUCCGGAAAGCAUCACUUCAAAUAUUUCUUGGCGGUCCGAAGGAAUUAAAUACAGGAAAAAUGAAGUCUUUUUAGACUUGGUUGAGAACUUGAAUUUAUCGGUUAAUUCGAAUGGACACGUCAUCUCUUCUGAUAUCACCGGAAUUUUAAGAAUGAAAUGUGACUUAAGUGGAAUGCCAGAGCUGCGCUUAGGUAGGAAAAUCGAUGACAUUUGGUUAGGCCUUAAUGAUAAAAUAUCCCUGACGCCAAUGAAUGGGAGUGGGCUUGUGUGUCCUACCGGUAUAGAGUUAGAGGAUAUAAAAUUUCAUCAAUGUGUGCGUCUAAACAUGUUUGACCAGGACCGAACGAUCUCGUUUAUCCCACCUGACGGCGAAUUUGAGUUGAUGAGAUACCGGCUUUCCGUUAUUCCUGGGUCUUCUCAUGAAGCAAUCGGGACGCAGCCGAUACUUUCAUCGACCGGAAAUAACAUGCCGCUUAUCUGGGUCGAGUGUACCACGAUUUGCCAUUCUGAGACUAGAACAGAGUGCUUUUUGAAGGCUAAGGCCAAUUUUUUGAAAAAAUAUGUUGCCACCGGAGUGGAAGUUCAUAUUCCCGUGCCUUAUGAUAUUUUUGCCCCCAAAUUCAAGCAAUUUCCUGGAGGAAAGGAAUAUUGGUUUAAUGUGGAGUACAGCAUGCCCACAAUCAAAGAGCCACCAUCAUUGCCAGGGGCGCAAAUUUCAUCGACCACCUUGAUUGCUCAGAAGGCUCCAAUUAGCGUCAUUUUCGAGAUACCAUACUACGCCGUUUCCGGUCUUUCGGACUCUGGAUACCAAGCUGUGCCUUGGGUACGGUAUUUGACUCGUAAUGGAAGUAAGGGCGAAUUUCCUUUUCUUAGAUGUUCACUUCAAAAUGCCGAUCCCCAUCAAGACAAGUGCUGCUGA